AUGGUAAAACUUCGUUUGAAACGAUGUGGUAGAAAGCAACGAGCCAUCUAUCGAAUCGUUGCAAUUGAUGUUCGAUCCCGACGAGAAGGGAGAGAUCUUCGAAAAGUGGGUUUUUAUGAUCCGAUAAAUAAUCAAACUUAUUCAAACGUUCCUGCUAUUCUAUAUUUCCUUGAAAAAGGUGCUCGACCAACAAGAACUGUUUCUGACAUUUUUAGGAAAGCAGAUUUAUUUAAAGAAAAAAUUUCGAGUUAG